AUGGCAAUCGUAUUGUAUGACCCAACGAUACACGACAAACCGAAAGAGGACCCCGAGCGGUCGAAGCCCAACGAAGAUGAGAAGCCGGCUUCCAAUACCAUCGAUGCCCCUCUAGUCCACAAGAGUCUAGCAGAAAUUCUUGGCAUAAAAAAGAAAGUGGAGGGGGAGCAUCCUCGUGUGCCCGUCGUCUUGGAUCCCAAGCUCGCCAAGACCCUGCGGCCGCAUCAAGUAGCAGGCGUACAGUUCAUGUACGACUGUGUCACAGGCAAGGUGGACGAAAAGGCCAAUGGGUGCAUCAUGGCCGACGAAAUGGGCCUGGGCAAAACGUUACAGUGCAUCGCGCUCCUUUGGACGUUGUUGAAGCAGUCUCCCGAUGCCGGCAAGUCGACGAUACAAAAGGCAAUUGUCGUCUGUCCGGCCAGUCUAGUGAAGAAUUGGGCCAAUGAACUGGUCAAGUGGCUUGGUCCUAAUGCUGUCACGCCAUUUGCUAUUGAUGGCAAAGCCUCGAAAGAGGAGUUGACGCGCCAACUGAGACAGUGGGCGAUUGCCACUGGGCGCGCUGUCACUCGCCCUGUGAUCAUUGUAUCAUACGAAACCCUGCGACUAAAUGUCGAAGAGCUCAAGCACACUAAAAUUGGUUUGCUUUUCUGCGACGAGGGCCAUCGUUUGAAGAACGCCGACAGCAAUACAUUCGCUGGUCUCAACAGCCUGAACGUCACGCGGCGUGUCAUUUUGACAGGAACGCCGAUUCAAAACGACUUGACCGAGUACUUUUCCUUGAUCAGCUUCGCCAAUCCUAACUUGUUGGGCUCUCGCCUGGAGUUUCGUAAACGUUUUGAACUUCCGAUUCUACGGGGCCGCGACGCAGAUGCAUCGGAAGCCGAUCGCAAAAGGGGAGACGAAUGCACCACCGAGCUUUUGGGCAUCGUGAACAAAUUCCUCAUCCGCCGCACAAACGACAUACUGUCUAAGUAUUUGCCGGUCAAGUACGAGCACGUGGUUUUCUGCAACUUAGCACCGUUCCAGCUUGAUUUGUACAACUACUUCAUCACCAGUCCCGAAAUCCAGGCUUUACUCCGUGGCAAGGGAAGUCAGCCACUGAAAGCCAUCAACAUUCUCAAGAAGCUCUGUAACCAUCCAGACUUGUUGAACAUCAGUGAAGAUUUACCAGGCUCAGAAAAGUGCUUCCCAGACGACUUCGUUCCAAGGGAAGCUCGCGGGCGCGAUCGCGAUGUCAAGCCCUGGUAUUCGGGCAAGAUGCAAGUAUUGGACCGCAUGCUGGCGAGAAUUCGCCAAGACACAAACGACAAGAUUGUGCUUAUCAGCAACUAUACAUCCACUCUUGAUCUUUUCGAAAGGCUAUGUCGCUCUCGCCAGUACGGAAGUCUCAGAUUGGAUGGUACGAUGAAUGUGAACAAGCGACAGAAACUGGUUGACCGCUUCAACGACCCAGAGGGCGACGAGUUUGUUUUUCUACUCAGUAGCAAGGCUGGUGGCUGUGGUAUCAAUCUUAUUGGCGCCAAUCGGCUGAUUCUCUUCGACCCGGACUGGAAUCCCGCUGCCGAUCAGCAGGCGCUGGCCCGUGUUUGGCGUGAUGGACAGAAGAAGGAUUGUUUCGUGUACCGCUUCAUUGCGACAGGCACGAUUGAGGAGAAGAUCUUCCAGCGCCAAUCGCACAAACAGAGUCUAUCAUCGUGCUUGGUAGACUCAGCCGAGGACGUUGAGCGGCACUUCUCCCUCGAUAGCCUCCGGGAGCUUUUCCAGUAUCAGCCAAACACCAAGAGCGACACGCACGAUACGUUCAAAUGCAAGAGAUGCAAGCCAGAUGGCAGGCAGUACAUCAAAGCACCGGCCAUGCUGUACGGCGAUACGAGCACGUGGAAUCACUGCGUCAACGAAGGGUUGAAGAAGAUACAGGACCUGCUCCUCCGCCAGGAGUGCGGAGAGGAUGUCAUUUCGGCCGUUUUCCAGUACAUUUCACAUUGA